CACACACCCACACCUACACCCCCACACCCUAUAUUGCAGAAUGGAGAGCUAUUGAUAUUGAUAGUGAAACAAUAUUUGUUAGGAUCAUAUUAGAGCCAUUAAAGGGACAUCAGCGAAAGAAAAUGAAAGAAAGAGAAAAUGGAGAAAAAGUGACCUUCAUGGGAUUCGAACCCACACCUCCUGCUAUCCGGGCAUUUAUCCUAAGCCAGUUAGACUAGAAGGACCAACUUAAUCUCUAGAUUAGUGUCGUGUGAUUCACACAGACGCUAACAAUAUUACUUAAAAUAGCUGCUACAGAAAUUCGCCGACGAUAUCGUCGUAAUACUUUUCUUCUACACACAUUUCCUCAAUAUACAACUCUGAAAUUGUUGGAAUGGAAUAAUGAGAAUUUACUUUUCGAACAAAAUGAAGAUACUAUGAUUCAAAAUGUACGGUUACCAGAUGAUACAUUCCGAGCGAUUACAGCAGCUUUCGAAGCAGAAGAUGGAAAAGCUACUAUUUGGCCAGGAGAAUAUUUCUAA